UGUCGUAAACUGUGAGGUCGUAAUAUAGCAGUAGCGGAAACGUGGUGUAGAGAUAAAUAAAAACUACCGUGCACAAUAUGAUGGGCUGUUAAAAAAAAUCUGGAGGUUAGUCAUGUUCGAAAGAUUUUAACCGGUACGCACCAGUAAACAGCAGGUAUCAUACUCUGGUUCGAGUGGCUGUGUGUGGAGUGCUAGCUGAAGACUGUAAAGGAUAGACGGUUCUCGCGUGAGCUUAUAUUAGCGUUUACAUAUUUUAAAGCUCAUUAUAAUCGGCGGAAUAGGCUAGUGGGGGUGGAUAAUGAGCCGUUGCACUGGAAAAAUGGGUCUGCAUGCGCGCGCAGGCAGAGGGGAGUGUGCAGCCUCGUCGAAGAAGCAGACUCGACCUCCACGCAGGACGGGCGCGGCAGUCGGCGACGCUCUGGUAUUUUCACUGUGCAAACCGCUGUGUUGUAUUGUUCCUUUGGUUUCGGUGUUCCCUGCCUUCCCCUGUCGUCGCCCACAUCUGCACGUAGCAUGGAAGAGGCCUUUUCCGGCUGCAGCUGAAGUGUGACAAAUAAGUGCAGACAAACAAGUUCGCCUGUUUAGUAAUUGAGAGCUUGUAACGUUACCCCUAGUCCCCUGCCUCCCGACCCCUUCCUCCUCGUGCACCCCCGCAAUUUACAGGGCUAUAAUGAACGGAGGUGGGGACGGCCUUGAGUCUGCGUCCCUUGUGCGUCACGGCAGCAGUAGUGGACGCAGCUAUAUGUCUGAGGGAGGUGUGCAGCGGGAAGGUCUCUCAGGCCAUGGUGGCGGAGGGGCCGGAUCAGGCGGACCAGCGGGAACGCCGCGAGACACCACUGAGACAGGCGAUGAGCUGGACUAUGUGGAGAGUGACGCCCCACUCCUCUCCCAGUUCCAUGAGGACGCCAUUCAGCAGGCUGGGACAGGGGCCUUCCAGCGGCUGCUUCUGCUGAUUGUGGGGCUUGGCCUGGCUGCUGAUACAAUCGAAAUCUUUGUGGUGGCAUAUGUCAUCCCCUCAGCCGAGGUGGAGUUAUGCAUGUCUGGCACGGAGAAAGGAUGGCUGGCUGCAAUCACAUUCAUUGGCAUGAUGAUUGGAGCCAUGAUCUGGGGCAGCCUGAGUGACAAUGUGGGCCGAAGACGAGCCUUGCUGUCAGCUUUGUUCAUCAAUGCCCUGUUUGGCAUUAUGACAGCAUUUAUGCCUACAUAUGGAAACUUUAUGACUACAAGACUUUGCUCUGGAAUAGGAAUUGGUGGCGGAAUACCUAUUGUGUUCGCUUACUAUUGUGAGUUUGUGACACAAGCAGAGCGGGGACGGCAGCUCUCGUGGCUCCUGGUGUUCUGGGCCAUUGGCGGAGUGUUCACAGCACUCAUGGCAUGGAUUAUUAUACCAAGGACUGGCAUCACAGUGGUCUUGGAUGAGGAGCUUCACUUCAGCUCUUGGCGCAUUUUCCUUGUGGUGUGCUCCUUACCUUCCUUUGCUGCAGUUAUUGGCCUGUACCACAUGCCUGAAUCACCCAGAUUUUUAUUGGAGAAAGGCCGGGAAGUCGAAGCAAUGAUGGUAUAUAAGAAAAUUUUCAAGUGGAAUAACGCCCACAACCCUGGAGCUGAAUACCAGAUAAGUGAGUUAGAGCUUCCAUCAGGGACACAGCGACCUUUGAGACGCAGUAACUCUCCCCAGACAACUGCCAAGACCUUUGGUGCUGACAUCACACAUGGCCUGGAAAAUUCCAUGGGGCAUUUUCUUCAGCUGUUUGCACCACCAUACUUCAAAAUUACCAUCUUGCUUCUUAUUGUGUGGCUGACAAGCUCAUUUGGGUUCUAUGGUCUCUCAGUAUGGUUCCCUGAAUACAUUAAACUACUGAAGAGUGAAGAGUACAGCAAAAAUGCUACUAUUGUCAAUGGUAAAGUUUUUCAAGACUAUAUGUUCAACAACACUCGUCUGGACAACAUUCAGUACUUAAACACGAAUUUCGAGAACGUCACAUUCAGGGAAACGGUCCUGAACCAUGUUUUAUUCCUCAACUGCUCACUGACCAACUGCAUUUUCUCAGACAUUAGAAGCAGCAAAACUUUUUUCAAGUACUCCACUCUCUUUCACAUCAACUUCACCGACACAGACAUGCAUCCCUACCGCUUCCCAUACUGUGAUAUGGAGGACAUCACUUUCCAUGGUCUUGCUCCAGGCUGUACAUUGGAUUUUGAUUACAAUAUCCACUACAAAGAAAUAUUUCAAGAAAACCUAAUUGGUCAGCUGACAAUGAUACCUGGUACUCUAGCAGCAUCACUUUUCAUGGAUAAACUUGGUCGAGUAAAAGUUAUGAGUAUAUCAUUCGCUUUAUCAUCUGUGUCUGCAUUCUUCAUCUGGUUUCUCAAGAGCAAAGCUGGGGUUAUUGUUUUUGAGGCUGUGUUCAACUUUAUAUUCAUAUCUGGUUGGAAUGGAUUGGAUAUUGCUACAACAGAAGCUUUUCCAACUCACAUCAGAACAACCGCUUAUGGAUUCCUAAGUGCUGCAUCACGCAUCGCUGGAGUUUUAGGAUCACUAUGUUUUGGUCAGUUCAUCUACUCUAGUCAAGCAAUCCCUAUGCUCACUACCAGUGCUGUUCUCAUGAUUGGGGCUAUUGUUUCUCUUAAACUAAAGGAAACAAAAGAUAACCUUAUUUAAAUCAUAUUUGGCAGUAUCAGUGUCAGUGAAAUUUAGAUUAUUGCUCCCAAAAAUGGAAGGGUGAUUUGCAGAUUUGGUGAAAUAUUAAGGGUGACUAUAUAUUCAAAAUUAAAACUUCAUUACAUUUAUAUCAGUCAACUGAAGACUCAGUAUUUGUGUACACAAAUGCUUGGCAGUCUUUCGUACUACUUGGUAGUUUUCUCUCAAGUUUUUCCCAAGGCAUGAAUGAGACAUGUGAUUCCAGUUGAGAUGCACAGAAUACUGAAGUCUACUGAACAAGCAAGCACUACACUGCUGAAACCUAAAUCCAUUUUCAGGAGAAGGUAGAAAAAAAUGUCAAAAUAAUAUAAUAUAUAAAAUCUAGUUAGCAUAUCAUCACACUCUAAAUCUUUUUGAAAUAUCAUAUACCCAUCUGUCACAUUUCUUCCACAUAUUAACUUAACCUAUGACAAAACUGUAUCAUUAUUAGUUUUAGCAUAUAGUGUCAUUCUCAUUUUUUCAUAUGGUGGCACCAUCUCAUAUUUAAUAUCCUCUUUACCAGUCAUUAUCUUUUCACAAACCAUGUCAUUUAAUGUUAGGCCUAUCAUUAUCAUGACUCAUUUUUAUUCUCCAUAUUUAACUUUUUAUGUACUCCACAUGAAAAAAAUUGCUAGGUAUUUCAGCCAGCAUAUUUUGUCAUAUAAUACAGUAAUACCAUUGGCUAUUUAAGAAAGGCUAGCUCCUCAAAAUGCUGUGAUUUUCACAAAUUUUGCCUCUAAUUUCAAACCUCAUAUUGAUGCUGGAGUCCAAAGAGAAAUCAUAGAUAUCAUCAUCCUCAUCAUCACCAUAACUAGAUCAUCACUACCAUCAUUAUCUUCAGCAUCACCAUUAUUGUCAUCAUCAUCAAACAGACAAAAGCAUGGAAUUACGUCACUCAGCUGCUGACACUUCAGGAGGUGCCAAUAUUUGAGCUUCCAUUCUCAACCCCCUUCAAGGGAAUUUCAACAGAAUCAUAAAACUUAUCCAGCCAAGAACUUUGCAGCCAUUCUCUUAGCCUUCAGCCUCCAAAACUAUCAACAGACAGUGAACAACAGUGACAAGCUAGAUACAUCUGUCAUUAUACUACUUCAAAGCUGGACCAUUUGUAACCCUUUAUUUUGCUCUAUGGAGAAUGGUCGUAAGUUAUUUUGUUUCUGUUGCCUUAGCAUUGAUUUGAAAAUAGGUGCUAGACUAAAGGAUUAGCAGAUCAUAGGAAGAGGGGAAACUGUUAAUCAAUAGACAGUAUUGGCUAUACAUGCAGUGCCACACUCGGCCACCUGGAGAACUGUCAGAGGUACUUUUCCUAAUGAACUCUGUUCUUUUUUCAAUUUUGAGAUUCUGGAAUACAAGUCCAGAAUACAAGGUAUGCUUCUUUGGUGUUUAAAAAAUAAACAUGGUACCUGCUGGUCAGGAAAAAAUAUAUUUUACUCAUUGCUCAUAGGUUUAUAAGUUUGCAUUUAGUUAUGGUAUACGGUAUAUGACCACUGAGUGCCGAAUGUACGCAGGUCCAUAUCUACCUCGUGAACAGCCCCAUACUGGCUAAGGGCAACAUGAGAUGUUUCAUCUCUGGAAUAUUUAAUUCAUGGCUCUAUUUUGCUUUCUAGGAUUUCUAGUAUAUAAUUCAAUUUGAUAUUAGAUGAGUAUUAUUUCUGAAGGUGUGGUUAUUUCAACUUCUAUUCUUGAAAUAAGUGCUUUACACACACGGUGCUGCGGUAGGCAACGCCAAAACUGUAUGAAGUUGGUAAACAAAGGGUAAAGCAUCCCCGUUGCAAAUUGAUAGCCAGUACAGUCUAUUUGUGUGGCAGGCAGUGGGGCAUUUCACCACCUUGACCUUUCAAACAAAUAAAAAUGAUAAAGAAAAGAUUGAGAAUAUUACAAAAGGAUUUGAAUGAAACAUCACUUUCAGCCAGGGAUCAUCAUUAUAGUGUGGCUGAUCAGGGUAGUAAUUUUUUUUUUUUUUUUUUUUUUUUUUCUGUUCAUGCAAAGCACUGACUGACUAGUUUGAAAGUGGUAUUGACAAUUAUUUUCUUAUUAAUAAGUCACAAAAAUACCUUCAUCAAUUAAACUUGUGUACCAUCUUUCUUUUUGGUGUAACCUCAAUAUUCAAGAGUGUCAGGCACCAACAUAUAAUUCAUGCUUGUACUAUACAGACAGUCUUCACUUACACAAUUAAGUUAAUAGUUUAUUUCAUGGGUAUGCUUUUUAAUUCUUAAAGAAAUGCAUUGGAUCAGUAUAAGUAUGGAGGAAAACAGUGUUAUGUUCCAGGUUGCAUGUAGUACAAUGUGCGUAUGUGAUUGUUUUUGAACAUCUUAUACCUAAGCAUUUCUUUUGUUACUUGCCCAUCAAAAAGGAAUCAUUUUACCUUCAUUCACUUUGAUGAUGAGAAACUAGCCACAUUAACAACAUCAAUACCUAUAUAGUUUAUUUGUAAGAUUGGCUGAAUCCUGCAUUAUCUAACUUCUUUUGCUCUUUAUGUCUGCCCGUGUCUGUCACACACACACACACACACACACACACACACAUACAUAUUCUGUGUUUCUCUAUAAGAGCAAUCGAUAUGUUACAGGAAAAAGAAUGUUGGGUAGACUGUGAGUACCUGGAUCUGAAAAACUUGUGCUCAGACAACUAAAAAAUUUUUGCUGAUAGGAACAGUCACUGUCCCCAACUGAGCAGGGGGAAUGGAGGUGAGGGGUGUACGUGUCAGGCCCCAGCAGUACCCAUAGCUCAGUCCUCUGACCUCAAAGAGAGCUCUCUUAGGAAGGGUUUUUGCUAGCAAUCAAGAGUCCAGCAUGUGAUCAGACCAUGUGUGAAUUAUACACACACACACACACACACACACACACACACACACUCUAGUGUGUGAAAGUAAAUAAGAGCUGCAAGAUUAUCUAAAAGAGAGGGAUCCCAUGAUAGUUUGCCUAACUGAAACUAAACUAAAAGAAAAUAUCCAAAUUGAGUUAGAUGGAAGAUACAAUGUAUGGAGGAAGGAUAGAAUGGGCAAAGGCAGAGGAGUGGUGAUAAUGAUAAUGAAAGAGUUAUUAGUAAAAUCAAUAGAAUAUGGAGAAGGAAAAGCAGAAAUAGUGAGUGUAAGCUUGGAAAACAAGAAUAGAGAAAGGAUGACGAUUGCAGGAACAUACGUACCACCAAAAACUACAUCAUGGAGUAAAGAAGAAUAUGAAAACAUGAUUGAUGACACCAUACAGAGUUUGAGGAGAUUACUUAAGGCAAACAAAGGAGUAAUACUAGUUGGCGAUUUCAAUUGCAAAGAGGUUGACUGGGAGAGGUUUGAGAGCAAUGGUAGUGAUGUGGCAUGGGGGAAUAGAUUCUUAAAUUUAAUGAUGGAAAAUUUGAUGAUACAAAGGGUGAAGGAAAGCACUAGAUAUAGAAGAGACGAUGAACCAGUAAGACUGGAUUUGGUGUUGACAAGAGAAAUUCAUGUGAAGGAUGAAUUGAGGUAUGAUUGCCCCCUGGGAAAAAGUGAUCAUGUGCUCAUAGAGUUGGAAAUGGAGGAGGAAGGAAGGGAACAAGACGAGACUUAUAGAAGCAAUAGAUUAAACUAUAGGAAAGCAGAGGUGGAAAACCUCAAGAAGUUUUUUGGUGAAUUGGAUUGGAAAGAGUACAAGAGUACAAGUGAAGUUCAAGGAAAGUAUGAUAUUUUCAUGAAGGCGUACAACACAGGUGUUAUGAAGUUUGUACCAAAAUACAGACCGAGGGAGAGGGCUAAAAAGGACUGGUUUAAUGCAAGAUGUGCAAAGGCAAAAGAAAAGAGAGACAAAGCGAGGUCAAGAUUGAAAAGAAACAAAAAUCAAAGAAACAAAGAAGACUUUAAGGCAGCGAGAAAUGAGUACGUGAAAGUGAGAAAGGAAGAAGAGAAACGAUACGAAAAGGAUAUUGUGGAAAAGUGUAAAGAACAUCCCAAACUAUUUUAUAGAUUUAUAUAUGGAAAAAUUAAAUCAAGAGAAACAAUUGAAAGACUGACUGAAGAGAAUGUAGAGAUCGAGGAUCCCAAAGACAUGGCGGAAUUAUUUAACAAAAAAUUCCAGCAAGUGUUUACCAAAGAAUCAUUAUUUAAUGAACCACAAGAAAACAACUUAGAUGUAUAUAUGGAAGAGGUCAAAAUAGAUAAAGAGGAGAUAAAAAAAACUAUUGGGGGAAUUGGAAGAAGGGAAGGUCGUGGGACCGGAUGGAGUUUCAGGUUUUAUACUUAAAGAGUGCAGAAAUGAGUUAGUCGGCCCAAUAUAUGACAUCAUUAGGUGCUCAAUAAAAACUGGCACAGUGCCUAGGGAGUGGAAGAGGGCAAAAGUGGUACCUAUAUACAAAAGUGGAAAAAAGGAAGCACCCGGUCUCUGACCGGCGUAGUAUAUAAAAUAUGUGAAAAAGUAAUAAAAGAACAAUGGAUGAGAUUUCUAGAAGAACAUAAUCUAAUCACAAACAAUCAAUAUGGGUUUAGGAAAGGCCGCUCAUGUGUGACAAACUUGCUGAGCUUUUACUCAAGAGUGACGGACAAAUUACAGGAAAGAGACGGAUGAGUGGAUUGUAUUUACCUAGACUUAAAGAAGGCAUUUGACAAAGUUCCACAUUCAAGACUGCUGUGGAAACUAGAAAAUAAAGGAGGAUUGAGAGGGAAAAUGAAGUGCUGGAUGGAAAGCUACUUAAGAGGAAGAGAGAUGAGAACCGUGGUUAAGGACACUAGAUCGGAAUGGAGAAUGGUGGAAAGUGGAGUGCCCCAGGGGUCGGUUUUAGCACCAGUACUCUUCCUAGUCUAUAUUAAUGAUAUGCCAGAGGGAAUAAACAGCUACAUGAGCCUGUUCGCAGAUGAUGCUAUGCUGCAAAGACAUAUACGAAACAGUGAAGACUGAAAGGAGCUGCAAGAAGACCUAAACAAGAUUUGGAAAUGGAGUCAGAAAUGGGAAAUGAAAUUCAACGUGAAGAAAUGUCAUGUUAUGGAAAUGGGAAAAAGUGUAGAAAGACCAAAAUGGACAUAUAAAAUGGGAGAUGGUGAAAUAUUAAAGAAAGUAAAUGAAGAGAGAGACCUGGGAGUAAUAAUGCAAGAUUAUAUGCAACCUGAAAGUCAUAUAAAUUGGAUCUUCGGUGAUACAUAUAACAUGGUGAGAAAUAUAGGUAUAGCAUUCCACUACAUGGACAAAGAAAUGAUGAAAAAAUUAAUUACUACUAUGAUCAGACCUAAUCUAGAAUACACAGAAACAGUGUGGUCUCCACAUAUGAAGAAACACAUAAAAAACCUAGAAAGAAUACAGAGGAUAGCAACAAAAAUGGUUCCAGAACUGGAGGGACUGACAUAUGAAGAGAGACUAAAGGAAAUGGACUUACCAACACUAGAACAAAGAAGAGAAAGAGGAGACCUAAUACAAAUAUAUAGGCUAUUGAGUAAAAUGGAAGAAGUGGAUAACGAAAAAUUGCUACUAAGAGAAGAACCUUCCAGCAGGAAUACUAGAGGACAUAGUAAAAAGUUGAGGAAGGGAAGAUGCUCAAGAGACAUAAAGAAAUAUAGCUUCCCACAAAGAAAUACAGAGGUUUGGAACAGACUAAGUGAAGAAAUAGUAUCGGCGAAGAGUGUGCAGAGCUUCAAGGAAAAGUUGGAUAAUUAUAGAUACGGAGACGGGACCACACGAGCGUAAGCCCAGGCAGGCCCUGUAAAAUUACAACUAGGUAAAUACAACUAGGUAAAUACACACUCCGUGGCACAACUGGUUAGAGAGCUGUGCUGCCAGGCUUCAUGGUCUGACAGGGCGGCGGUCUGAGCCCGCUCAGGCUGGAUUCUUUCCAUUGACUAGGAGUGGUUACUGUCCAAUUACGAGUCCAACACGUGAUCAUGCCGUGGUGGUGAAUUGCACACACACACACACACACACACACACACACACACACACACAAAACACCGCUCCAGUAGCUCAGUGAUAGAGCUCUGCGUUACCAGGCUUCAUUGUCUGGCAGGCGAAGGUUUGAGCCCUACUCUCUCUCUCUCUCAUCACUUGAAAAAAACAUACCAUAGUGAAAAAAUAAAGCUAAGUACUGUGUGUGAAAGAUCUGCCAAGUAUUUAAGUCACAUAGUAGGGGUGAAGUUUCAAUAACGGUUAUUUUGAUCAUGAAUAUUGAUACCAGUACCUAAACUUUAUAAUGUACCAAUAGCUUGGAACACUGUCUACAUCUAUAUAAUAUUCAUGUGGUGGUCUUUGUAUCUGUACUAGAGUUACGUCUUUAAUGUGCAUGCUGGUGGUGGGUGUCGUUUUGAAUGUGCUGUAAUAAGUGAGAUGUAUAAAGUUGGUCUUCAAUUGUCAGUUUUGCUCCUGGAUUGUUCAGGAAGCCAUGGUGAUAUUUAAUGUCUGUGCUUUCUUGAGAUGAGAUUAAACUGAGGCCCAUGCGUACUGUGAAACAUUAUGGAUGAUCAUGGUGCUGAAUAUAGACAAGUAUCUUUGGUUGUGGGCCACCAAUUAUUGUUGGAUGACAAAUUCAGUGAUUGUAUGGCACUAAAGAUUUUGCCACUUGUUACUAAAACACUAGAGGCAUUUCGGUGUUACAAUAUACUACAUGGUUAAUAUGAAGUUUAACUUUUCUGUGAGAAGAUUAACAGUCUGAAAAAAAUGUUGUCAAAGUAGUCUUCAAGGAUUCCAGUAAUGUGUGGCAUAGCCAGGAUUUUACAGUGAGGAGCACAAGGAGAUACAGAAUUUCAUGAAGAGAUAUGUGUAACUCAGUUUCAAUGUGUAACUCAGUUUCACCUAUACCUUUCUUGAUUCUUUCAUCGUUUUAUCAAUCAUAUCUUAGAAGCACAACAUUAAGAUUAAACACACAUAAAACAAUGGUGAUAUGUUGACUUCCAACUUCUUUGUUAUGAAUUAUAACGAAACUAAAAAUAUUCAAGUUUUUUUCCACAAAAAUAUACAUUAUUAGAGAAAAUGAUACAGAUACAGGGAAUCUGCAAUGUAAUGAGCUAUUUCACACUACUUCUUCAAAGAAAUUUCUUGAUUAAUGUUUUUAAGAUUAUAAACUCAGGGAAAAUUCCCUGAUUCAUAACUUCUGAAAUUCUUUAUUCCCUCUCUUUUUUUGUGUGAAAAACUGAUGUACUUGUUUAAACUUGUUUAUGAAAAAAAAUACAUGAAUAGGAAAUCAGUUACUUGUUUAUAAUUACUGCUAGAGAAAAAAAAAAACAGAAAAGACAGGUGUCUUCCUUCAGCCGUCCAACUUACAUGUUUUCUUUGGACAUAUUCAUGAGCCACUGCCUUUCAUUAGAAUCAGGAAUGAGAUGUUUCCCUAAGUAGAACGAUGGAUUUUUUUUUUAUCAUUGCAGUACCUACAUGUUAACUAAUACACUGUACAUUUUUAUAGCCCAUCAUGACUAAAUAAUUUUUUAAAUUUUUAUGAAUUGGUUAACAAUCUCUAAUGGCAUUUGUGGAUACCUUGGUGAUCUCAGGUUUAAAAUCUGUCUGCUUUUGGUAACUGAGCCAUGUUUUUUUUAAGUAAAUAAAUGUUGUAUAAGAAAUUAACUGUCUUUCCCUAUCAGGAGCACUUGUUUCAAGGGAAACAGUGAAGACUAAAUUUUCCAUAGUUAGCCUGUUAAAGCCACCCAGUCAGUUUACAGUGAGACGUGCAUUUAAUAGUUGCAAUAUUUCCCUCAAAUUGCCAACUGCUGGUAUUUAUCAUGAAAAAAAAUACUAAAUAAACAAAUAAGAAAACAAAUAAAAAGCAACAUAACAAAAAAAAUAGUUAAAUGAAAAUUAUGUUUAGGCAUUUAUUUUUGUAUUUUUCAGAACUUAUUGUUAUUUUUUAAUUAUAAAAUGCUCUUAUAAGAAGGAUUCCCUGUACCUAUAACGAAAGAGAGGCCCCUUCACUCACCCCUCUAUGGGAGACAUGUGGUAGCAGGUUAAUAUUAGACUGAUCGACAAAUACGAACACCCUGAAAAUACUCCAUUACUGUUGUUAUUGCAAGUGAAAGUUCUCUGAAGGGACAUUAGCUAGGUUUUCAGGAGAGCUAGGGCACACGAUGCCUGUUACUCAUCACUUGUUGUGUCUCUAUACAGCUGUGUCACUGUCAUUACAAUCCAUUUAUUAUUUUUGUCUUUUAUAAAAGAUUUGAUUUA